AAUAAACCCAUCUCAUCAUCUCCUACCAAUUCCUUUCUAGUUUUCUUCCAUAGCUCCCUCAAAUGGAAAUGCUUCCCCAACCCCUUUUUUCAUCCACUUUUGUGUGCAUCAUCACCAUCUCCAUCUUGCUUCUUCUCCCACUAUCAUACAGCGAUCCCUUGGAUGAGUUCCUAAAGUGUAACCUUUCUGCUUCCUUCAAGUGCGGCAGCCGUGGAACCCUUUCCUAUCCUUUUUGGAGCGACAAAACUCCGGAGGAUUGUCAUCCGCUAGGAAUAUUCCAGGUGGAAGACUGCGAAGAAGAUGCUCCCACCAUAGACUUUGGCCCAGAUGGUUCAUUCCUCCUGCAGGACGCAAACUCAGCAGAUUACACAUUGACGAUUGCUUCAACGUAUUUAAAGGCUUAUAUUUGUCCCGAGACACCACAAAACAAAACUCUGCAGUCCCCUUUCUUGAAAUUCUCUCAAACCAACAAAAUCCUCACUCUGUUCUAUAACUGUACUCCACCUCAGUUGGUACCGCCCGAAGAUAAGAUUAAUGAUUGCGGACCCAACGAACCCUUCUUCCUGCCUGGUUGGGGGGAACCUGGGAACGAUGAUCGUUACAAUUGCAGUACUAUGGAAGUUACGGUUAAUCAGACGGUUUUCGACAGAGUCCAGGAGGGGAACCUGACAUUGGAUGAUGCGUUGAGACAAUUUUGGUUUGAUGUGGAGUGCAACCGUGAUGCGGUUUUCUGUCAUCAAUGUGAGAGUUUAGGUGGGAAAUGCGAAAGCAAUUGGAGUCCAGAUCAGCAUCUAGAAACAAAGUCAUGCCAGCAUCAAGGUAUGGAUUAUCUAUGCAAAACCAUUUGUUUUUAAUUUGGUGUAGUGCUUACGGCUUAGGAUUAUUCUGUUCUGGCAAUGCGCAUUCAAUACCCAAUUGAGUCUAUCCUAUAGCUUCGUGGAAACUCACUGCUUGACAUUGUUCUGGUCUACUUUGAACAAGUCAACGUGACUAGCAGCUUUGGUUGACUGGACUUUUCAACUUAACCCAUUGGUGCAAAAUUGAACUGACAAUUUGCCCCCACGCCCAUGAUCCUCCUCGCUGGUUUUUUCACCCAAUUGGGUGGCGACAUAGUAAAAUUGGCUGGAGUAGAGAUGACUGGGGGAGUAAGUGCUUCGCCCUCUAAGUGAAUGAAAGUUGAAACUACAAUAUUUUUUAGAAGGGAAAAAAAAUUUACAGAAAGUUUUUUGGGCCACGGGUUGCUUGAGGGAACUUAUGCCUUGAGCACUAGGCUAGGAAGUAGGAACGGGUUCCUUGAGACAACUUAUGCCUUGGGUAGCUUGGCACGGGUUGCACAAGGGAACUUGUGCCUUGAGUAGGCUUGCUUGCAAAAGCUUUUGCGAGUUCAAGCUUGAAGCUUGGUUUGACUUCGAGUUUGAUUGAAGUGACUCGGUUAAAUUAUUUGUGUUUGACAUGAAACGUAGUACUUUAAUCAACUUCAUUAUCAAGC